CAACAAAAAAAAUAAUAAUAAUAAUAAUUUGUCUUUAUCCUCUCUUUCAAAAAUACGUGUACGUGUUUUCAAACGCGCGCACGCCUCAUAUACAUAUACCAUACAUAAACUCACUGAAUGCAACAAAAUCUCUUGUACAUUAUAUAUAUAUAUAUAUAUAUAUAUACGAAUCCAAAUCAUUUAAGAUGGCCGAAAUAUCCUGUUUUUUUUUUUUUUUAUUAUUAUUAUUAUUAUCUUAUUGUGGAGGGUUGGAAAUUGGCAUCUUUUCAUCGAUAAGAAAAACGAGGGUCGAAGAGGAUGGAGAGACGAUACAUAUCAUGGAAUGGUUGCAUUGCUGUCGUUGUUACGGUCGGAUUGCAAGCAGCAGCAGCCACAGCCACAACAGCAACAGCAGCAACAGCAGCAGCAACAACAACACGCCAGCAAGAAGACUCGGCCUUCGUCAUCGAGCACGUCGACAAGUACGACGACGAGGGGCGGUAUCGUUCUGGCGAGCAGACGCGUGAGCAACACUUGGGACAGUAACAGCUACGACAGUGGAAACGACAAUGGCGGUGGCGCACGCGCGUCCACGCGCGAGGUCGUAUUUCCCGACUCGUUCGAGGUGUUGCCCCAACCUUGCGAUCUGAGCGUCGUUUACAUGGGCGUGCCGCACGAGCAACAACGAAAGUUCAGGUGUCAAUUUUGCGGGAAAGGUUAUAGGUGGAAGAGCACGAUGCGCCGCCACGAGAUGGUCGAGUGCGGCGGGAAACCGCCCGCCUUUCAGUGCCCCAUGUGCCCGUACAAGGCAAGGCAACGCGGCAAUCUGACCGUGCAUUACAAGCGGCAUCAUCAAAAGAUCGAGUACGAUGAGGCCGCCUAAAUUUUCUUGGCGCACGGAUAAUUAAUUUUUGCGCUUUGCCGAUACUUCUCCUUGGACGCUGAACAAAUUAUUUCGCAGCGUAGAUAUCUAAAAAUAAUCGAUAAUCUUUAUGCUUGCGUGUGGUUUUUAAUCGUAGCAGUCGUAUGACGUUGAUGGGAUACGACGGCCAAAUUUCGCCCUUUUUUACCGACAGAUUUUAUUGCGCUAUGUAAAAUUAGGUGUUAUCAUCGGAGAAGGUGUUUAAGCGGUUAAGUUUUGAGUAGUACAGGCUGAUUUGAAA